UGCGGAUCUUGAGACGACACACACUCGAUAACAGAUUGUAUCUCCGAUUCUCCACCGGGACCAGACUCUCCUAUAGCUGGCAGCUUACUGCACGAAAUUCAGCUCGCGUCUUGUAGAAGGCCGUCGUCGUCAUCUCCUCGGUCCGGCUCGUCGAAAUCCCCGCAUAUAUUGGAUGGAAGGGCUUGAAGCGUCACUCGGUGGUAUUUCCAUGCUGCUGAGCAGCGACUCGGUCGUGACCCUACAUCGGCUCUUCGGCGAGCUCUUCACAUCUAUCAUCGGGGUCUCAUAGACAUCCAUCGAGAGCCCCUGAGACAAGCUGCGGCGUCCAUAAGGCGCUCUGAUUGCAUCUACACACAGAAGCGAAAGCCAUGGUUGACGUCCGUGGAAGUCCGAAACCGCAACAGCCGCCGGAUAAGACGAAUGAUACCGUUGAGGAGGCGACGGCGACCAUGGUCGGGUCGUCGGGGUCGUCGGCUGGAGUGGCAACCAUCGGAGUUCUUUCUUUCUUGGUCACCGUACUCCUAUUGAUUAUCUGCAUCCGCCGGUGCUGGGAUGGCCGCAGGAAAAAAGAUCCGAAAACCCCGAAAUCCAGUUCAGAUCCGAAAGACGUCCAGAAAGACGACGAUGAGCUGGUUGACAACAUGGAGCAAAACGAAGCGGUGGAACCAGCGAAAAAAGAUGAACAGAAGCUCGGGCGUCUCAGAAUGAAAUUGGACUACGACUUCAACUCCAACAACCUCGCGGUGACCGUCAUGCAGGCCGAAGAGCUUCCCGGUCUAGAUAUGUCAGGAACAUCCGACCCAUACGUCAAGGUGUACAUGCUCCCAGACAAGAAGAAAAAAUUUGAGACGCGAGUACAUCGCAAAACGCUGAACCCCGUCUUCAAUGAAACUUUCAACUUCAAGAUCGCGUACGCGGAAAUAACCACGAAAACGCUGGUCUUUGCGAUAUACGACUUUGACCGCUUCAGCAAGCAUGACCAAAUCGGCGAGGUUAAAAUACCUAUGACCACAGUGGAUCUCGCUCAAACCAUCGAGGAAUGGCGUGAUCUGACCAGUGUUGAUCACAACAAAGAGAUACUAGGGGACAUUUGUUUCUCGUUGCGAUACGUCCCCACAGCCGGCAAGCUGACCGUCGUUGUACUCGAAGCGAAGAACCUCAAGAAAAUGGAUGUAGGAGGAUUAUCAGAUCCAUACGUGAAGAUCGUUCUCAUGAUGAACGGCAAGAGGCUGAAGAAGAAGAAGACCAGCAUCAAGAAGUGUACAUUGAACCCCUACUACAACGAAUCGUUCUCCUUCGAAGUGCCCUUCGAGCAAAUACAGAAGGUUCAGUUGGUCGUGACCGUGGUCGACUAUGACCGCAUCGGGACAUCGGACCCCAUCGGGAAAGUGACGCUGGGUUGCAACGCAACCGGGACUGAGCUUCGCCAUUGGAUGGACAUGUUGGCCUCUCCUAGGAGACCCAUCGCUCAAUGGCAUUCUCUGAAAGACACCGAAGACAGAGACGAGAAAUGAUGGAGAUGACCGGAAAUUCUUCACAUCGUGGACGAUUACCGCCGCGCCAUAGGCCCCGAGACGAAUCCGUCUGGUGGAUGGCUUUCGGCAUGUGAGGGUGAUGAUGCGGAAGACCGUCUGAUGCGGUUUACACAUACACAGUUUAGUCCAGCAUCUCUGUUGGAGCCCGCCGUGAAAUCCUAUCCACGCUCCAAGGCCAAGAAGCAUCGCGAAUCGCGACAUCGAGUCCGCUUCCGGCCGUGGUGAAGGGUGCCGUCACCAUUCCAGCAAUGCAAAGAGUCCAUUUCGUGCUGUGA